GUAUACGAUUUAUUUACAUUACAUGCAUAUAUAGACAAAGUGGUCACAACACAAGCAACUAGCUUAGACGACCCUUCAGUACUGCAAAAUAAAUAAGUGUUGGUAGGAGUCAUUCAGAUAUACCAAGUAGAAUCAUGGAGAUAUUCGAUCACAAAAAAGAGGUUAAAGGGAGAGUGGUUUUAAUGAAGAAGAGUUUGUUGGAUUUCCAUGACAUCAAAGCCAAUCUUCUUGAUCGAAUUCAUGAGUUUUUAGGCAAGGGUGUUUCACUUCAACUCAUUAGUGCUACUACUCCUGAUCCAGAAAAGGGACUGCGAGGGAAGCAUGGAAAAGUGGCGUACUUGGAGAGGUGGAUUUCAAGCAUAUCAUCAUUGACAACAGCAACAGAGACAGAGUUCUCUGUUACAUUUGAUUGGGAUCAUGAAAAGAUGGGAGUACCAGGAGCAUUCAUAAUAACAAAUAAUCACCAUAGUCAAUUUUACCUUAAGACAGUAACUAUAGAAGACAUUCCAGGACAUGCUCCUAUUACAUUCGUUUGCAAUUCUUGGGUUUACCCUGCUCAUCGUUACACACAUCAACGUGUUUUCUUCACAAACAAGGCUUAUCUUCCAAGUGAAACACCAGAGUCACUAAGGAAGUUAAGAGAAGAAGAACUUGUUGCACUCCGCGGUAAAGGGGUUGGGAAACUUAAUGAGUGGGAUAGAGUGUAUGACUAUGCAUGUUACAAUGAUUUGGGAACUCCAGACGAUGGUAUAGAUUAUGCACGCCCUGUUAUUGGAGGAUCACUAAACUUUCCUUAUCCACGUCGAGGAAGAACUAGUCGUCCACAUACCAAAACAGAUCCUAAAACUGAGUCAAGAUUGCAUCUCCUGAAUCUUAACAUUUAUGUUCCAAGAGAUGAACAAUUCGGCCACGUUAAGUUUUCAGAUUUUCUCGCUUAUGCACUCAAAUCCGUUGCUCAGGUUUUGCUUCCAGAGCUUAGAUCUUUGUGUGACAAAACUAUUAAUGAGUUUGACACUUUUCAAGACGUGCUUGAUAUUUAUGAGGGAAGUUUUAAGCUCCCAACUGGACCUUUGUUGACUAAAAUUAGAGAACUUAUUCCUUAUGAGAUUUUAAGGGAACUUGUUAGGAAUGAUGGUGAGAAAUUCCUCAAAUUCCCUGUCCCUGACAUCAUCAAAGCAAGUCAGACUGCAUGGAGGACUGACGAAGAAUUUGGAAGAGAAAUGCUUGCUGGUGUCAACCCUGUUAUUAUUCGUCGUCUACAAGAAUUUCCUCCUCUGAGCAAGCUGGACCCCAAUCUCUAUGGAGACCAAAAUAGUUCCAUCCAAGCAAAGCACAUAGAAAAUAGUUUAGAUGGGCUCACAAUUGAUGAGGCUCUUCAAAGGGAUAAGCUUUAUAUAUUAGAUCAUCAUGAUGCUCUAAUGCCAUACCUAAGUAGAAUAAACUCUACCAACACAAAGACUUAUGCCACUAGAACAGUCCUAUUUCUACAAGAUGAUGGCACAUUGAAGCCACUAGCUAUUGAAUUAAGCUUACCACAUCCACAAGGGGAACAACAUGGAGCUGUGAGUAAAGUUUUUACUUCAUCAUCACAAGAAGAAGUAGCAGCCACAGUGUGGCAGUUGGCUAAAGCAUAUGCUGCUGUUAAUGAUUCAGGAUAUCAUCAACUAGUUAGCCAUUGGUUAUGCACUCAUGCAGUGAUUGAACCAUUUAUAAUAGCUACACACAGGCAACUGAGUUUUCUUCAUCCAAUUCAUAAGCUUUUGAAGCCACACUUCAAAGAUACAAUGCAUAUAAAUGCCUUAGCUAGGCAUACACUUAUCAAUGCUGGAGGUGUACUAGAGAAAACAGUUUUCCCUGGUAAAUAUGCAUUGGAAAUGUCAGCUGUUGUAUAUAAAAAUUGGGUAUUCACUGAGCAGGCACUACCUGCUGAUCUUCUUAAAAGAGGGAUGGCAGUAGCAGAUUCAAAUAACCCUCAUGGACUCAAACUUAUGAUAGAAGAUUACCCUUUUGCUGUUGAUGGUUUGGAAAUCUGGGAAGCAAUUGAAACUUGGGUGAGUGAAUAUUGUAAUUACUAUUACACAUCUGAUGACAUGGUUGAAAACGACAAUGAACUCCAAUGUUGGUGGAAAGAAGUCCGAACUGAAGGUCAUGGUGACUUAAAAGAUAAGUCAUGGUGGCCACAAAUGAAGACUAGAGUUGAGCUCAUUCAAUCAUGCACCAUUAUCAUUUGGGUUGCUUCUGCUUUCCAUGCAGCUGUGAACUUUGGACAAUAUCCUUAUGCAGGUUACCUACCUAACCGUCCAACGGUUAGUCGUAGGUUCAUGCCUGAGCCAGGUACUCCUGAGUAUGAAGAGCUUAAAACAGAUCCUGAAUUAGCAUUCUUAAAAACAAUUACAGCUCAGUUCCAAACUCUACUUGGUGUGUCAUUGAUAGAAGUUCUGUCUAGGCAUUCAACUGAAGAGAUUUACCUUGGACAAAGAGAAAAUCCUGAUUGGACUUUAGAUGCCGAACCAUUAGCAGCAUUCGAGCGAUUUUCCCAGAAGCUGUUGAAGAUUGAGGACAAUAUCAUGAAAAGGAAUAAGGAUCCAAGUUUGAAGAACAGAAAUGGGCCAGUCAAGUUGCCUUAUACACUUCUCUUUCCUAAUACCUCAGAUUAUUCUAGGGAGGGUGGACUCACUGGGAAGGGAAUUCCAAACAGUAUAUCCAUCUGAAACCAAUUUGUUCUGCUUCGAUGUAUCCCCUCAUUGAAUUCUUGUUAUUCAUUAUGUAUCAAACUAAGGGAUUUGCUUUGUGUGUUGAGUAAAUUGUUUGCUUGAUCUAGCAUAAUUAUGUUAGAAAUAAUAAGUAGAAGUAAUACUAUUGUGUAAGUUUUUGUGUUGAUGGAUGUUUAAUCUUUUAACCUGCCAAUAGAUUGUGAGUGGAGCAA